UUACACAGGAUUUCCGUUUCCUCCUCCUCCUCCUCCACUUGCAGGUUUUGAGUGGGUAAAAAUAGAGAGAGAAGGAAAGAAAGAUGGGCGAUCAAGCCGCACCAGCUCCGCUGCCGCCACACCGCCGCCCGAAAGUGAGGGAAGUGAGUUCCCGGUUCAUGUCCCCUUUAGUCCAAUCCAAUUCAACCCCAGCCCCCACUCCCCACCCUUCCGAUUUCCCGCGCCCCAAAACCCUACACCGCCGCCAUCCCUCCAAAACCGACGAGAAUUUCAACCCGGAGCCAAACCGCAUCAUCGCCUUAGACAAACCCUCACCGGCUAUCUCAACCAUAAACAGAAAACAGCACCACCACCGAAUCAAUUCAAAAGAUCACCACCACUCGGCUUCCUCCAGGCCGGACACGCCUAUCGCCACCGCCACGGAUCGAAUUGUUCCGUCCAGAUUCAGGCAAAGCGCCACCCGUUCAAAUUCGCUCAGCGGUAGCAGCGACGGAUGCUCCGCCGUCACCGCCGCGGCGAGGCUUCUGCAGGAAGCCACAUCCGAUGUAGAGAAGAAGCUUUCCAGGAUUUCGACAACAUCCAGCGUCGACGAUUCCGAUUCCUGCAGCACCGCCACUUCGAAUCAGGGGAGUUCCUCGUGCCCUAGCUCGCCGCUCUGCGCCGCGCCGGUCACUAAGCUGCGCAGCGCAACGGACGUGCGAUCCUCCAUGCCAGACGUGGAUAAAUGGCUCUCCGAUAGGAAUUUCGAAAAUUCCGGCAAGGAUUGUGCUCGAUCGCUCAAUUUUUCGUCAUUCUCGAGGAUCACCGGCGGUGGAGGCGUUUCACGGCCUCCGCAUCCUUCGCCGUGUGUGAGGUCUGGGAUUGAUUCAAGGAAAGGGAGUAAGGCGUCCAAUCAUCAAGCUGAAGUGCAUUCUCUCAAAAUGAUGACAAACCACUAUCUUCAGUGGCGAUUUGCGAAUGCUAAGGCAGAGGCUUCCGUUCAAACUCAGAAGCAUGAAACUGAGAGGAAAUUCUUUGCACUUGGAGGCAAGAUAUCUGAGUUAAGAGAUAAUGUGAAGAAGAAACGCAUUGAACUUGCAGUGCUGCGAGGAUUGAACACUUUGAAUACAGUAGUUGAAGCUCAAAUGCCAUACCUAGAGGAGUGGUCUAGUCUGGAAGAGGAUUACUCGAAUUCUCUGUCGGGCGCAGCAAAUGCGUUGCUGAGUUCCUCAGUUAGACUUCCAAUCAGUGGUGAUGUGCGGGCCGAUGUCGGGGAGCUAGAGGAAGCUCUAACCUCAGCUUCGAAGGUGGUUGAGUCCAUUGGUUCUCAUAUUCAGAGAUUUACCCACAAGGCUGAAGGAAUGGAUAUUUUGGUAUCUGAUGUAGCUAGGAUGGUAGGGGGAGAGAAAGCUCUAACAGAGGAGUGUGGAUUUCUGCUCUCCAAGAUUUACUCAUCACAGGUGAAUGAAUGCAGCCUGAGGGGAGCUCUAAUGCAAUUGAAUUACUGCAACAAUCGUCAACCUUUUAAGUGUCAAGAAUUAGUUUCUUCAUAAUUUGUUUUCUUCUUCCAUUAAUAACUCAAUAAUAUGUCCUGUAUCUCUUCCAAAAAAAUGUACUACUUGUAUUAUUUUUUGUAUUCUUAUCCUCCUCGUGGAUCUGUGUAAAUGAACUCAAAUCUUCAUAAGAUAUAUAGAAAGAAUGAAGUUUUGCA